CAAGAGCUAAAAGAAGGUAAUCAUUGGAUACGACGGCGAAUAAAUAACAUGUUGAAUGAUAUGUUGGUAAAAAAAACAUGAAAAUGUGUGAAUGUGUGUGUGCUAGCAGUGAUGAAUGUCCAAGCACUAGUGCAUGUCCCAGCAUCAUCAUGCCAGGGCCCAGGUCACCAGACGGCCCUGCACCAAGCUGCCAUGGUGGGAAACAGUGAUGCAAUGACUGCUCUGAUUCAGGGAGGCUGUGCUUUGGACCUGCAGAACAGGGAUGGCAACACUGCACUGCAUGAGGUGUCUUGGCAUGGGUUUUCUCAGGGCGUCAAACUGCUGGUUAAAGCAGGAGCUGCUGUGCACAUCAUGAACAAGGCAGGAAACACAGCACUCCACCUGGCCUGUCAGAAUGCACACGCUCAGACUGCUCGGGUAUUGCUGCUCGGAGGAUCCAACCCAGACACCAAGAAUAACGUAGGUGACUCCUGCUUGCAUGUAGCUGCUCGCUACAACAACCUGACCCUGGUGAAAAUCCUGUUAAACUCAUUGUGCUCUGUGACAGAGAGGAACAAGGGAGGGGAAACCGCUCUACAUGUGGCUGCUGCUCUGAACCAUAAGAAAACAGUUCAGCUCUUACUGGAGGCAGGGACUGAUGGGAAAAUCAGAAACAAUGCAGGUAAAACAUCACUGGACAAGGCCAGAGACAACAAUCAUAAAGAGCUGGCAAUUCUUCUGGCCAGGGCUCCUCAGGUACAUCGCUUCAUGAGAGGAAGAACAAUAAGGAAACGAAGAGAAAGAUUGACAUCUGAGCGCAGGUCCCAGUCUUUCACCCGAGAAGAAAUACUGCCCAAUAAUGAGGACAGCUGUUCUGUGGUGGAGGAAUGUCGCAACAGUGAACAAAUGCAGAACCGAACUGCAGCCGAGCGGCAGCCUCAGCGACGAAGGCAGCAGCAGCAGCUUUAUCAGAAGACCCCAGCCACAAUAGACAAUGCUCACAGCCACUGCAGGAGAAGAGAAAAGAAGCAGACUUUGGACGAAGAUGAUCUGAUAAAUGGGAAGACUGACUUUCACAAUAAGAGAGAUCUACUCUGUGAUGAUGGCUUCACCCAGCUUUUCACGCGGUACCGUGAUGAGGAUGGCAACCUUAUACAGGCACCAGCCAAUGGAUGCCACUGUAAGCCCUUCCUGAAGAAGCUGGAGGGUCAAAUGAAAGCCACUCAGGAGGAGAUGAUGCUGCACAUUCUCAACGUCCAGGAGCGCGUCAGUAGCCAAAUGGGCAAAAUGGACCAAAGGAACCGACAUCAGAUUAAAGUGUUGAAUGUGCUGAAUGAGGAAAGAGCAGCAGCAGAGAAAAAGAACAUGGUUUAUAUGAUGGAGCGGAGAGCUGCCCAGGACAGAGAGGAGGCUCUGAAGACACAGGCAGCAAUGAGUCAUGAACUGAAAAUGUGGUGGACGUCUCACCUAAACGACAUGGAUGUCCGAAUCCCAACUAAUAGCCAGUAUUACAAACUCCUCUCUUCACCAUCUGUUGAGAUGUCUGAGGCAGACGCUGAUAUGGAAUCACUCCCCCUGCUGUCUCUUGUAUCUGGUGACAGCAGCACUUCACUGGCCAACUAUGUCAACAUCCUGCCAACAAAAUCCGGCCAAGGGGACCUUGAGCAGGUUGGGAGGAGGAGAUACUUUGAAAUGAGACUGGAAAGGUCACCAGAUGAUUACGAGAACACAGCCCUGUUUCCUCCACACAGCAGCCACAUCAGAGACAUCCCGCUGGGUUCUGCUGACCCCAUCUGGCAACAUUCAGGAGUGCAGGACAGUCCCGUAGCUGCAGUGGUGCCAUUGUGUGGGGGGGGAUUCUCAAGCAGCAGCAGUCAGUCCAGCAUCAGCGAACAAGGACCUGGACUAAUCCCACAUCAGGAUCACAGACAUGACAUGACCCACAUGAAACACUUUGGAGAGUUGAUGAGCUCCUCCAGGCAAGAAAACAGGCACAAUGAAAGCACCACAACACUGGAAUGUUUCAUCAAACCCACUGAGCCCUCAUUCAACCAGGAGAGGAACUAUCUGCAUGCUAUGGAGGUGACCCAGCGUUUCUUUGACACGGUGUCCACUCAGUUAGAGCGCUGGUACGAGAGGAAGCUUGGGGAGGUGGAGCAGCAGAUCGAGCUCAGGGCCCAGCAGGACAGGAACGAGCUGACGCAACGAAUCAGCACGCUGGAGGAGGAGCUCCAGAGGCUGAACACCAAUGAGAAUGCAGACGUCUGAUACACCAGCACAGUCACCCACACAGAAAGAAGAAUGAUUUAAGUUUUUUCAGUUUAAUUGAAUAUUUAUCCACUCAGUACUCAAUAAACUAAUCUAAAGCAAAUGCUUCCCUCUUAUCAGGCAAUUAUUUUGUGUAUAACGGGCUACAAAUUAAAAAAAAUUGAUAAAAAAGAUUAUACCCUGUUAAGCUGUGGUCAACCUGUUUCUCAGGUGGAGCAGCCAGAAGCCUGGUGCAGUAAGUUUCAGGUACAAACAGGUGUGCAUAGUUUAACCCAAGAUGGAAUGUCCAAAAUGCCAAAUUUGAGGCUUUAGUUCACAAACUAAUGGGCGCUGUCAUGAUGGGUUACCACUUGGUUGACCACAAUAUUAUGCUGCAUUUCCCAUCUCCUAGUAUAAAAAGUACUAUGGAAUGCCAUCGAACAGCCAUUUCUAUUACUGGGUUAGGAGAAAAAAGAGAAUGAAAAGGAAUUAUCCUGUUAUCAAGGGAAAACAAAGGAAAUAUGAUGUAUGAUUCCAUGUCCGUAUAGGGCUUCCGUAUUAUGGUAACACUCUCCAUUCAUUCGUGAAACAGUUAAUAGACACAGUAACAGGUAUUAUUGUAGAGGUUAGUAUGAGGUAGUAGCUAAUCCCAUAUUAUCUAAUGUUCAGUCUCCUCAAUGCUGAUCCAUAUUCAGGCAGUUUGCUGUCUAUGGAUCAGAAACGUGACAUAAUUGGAUUACAUAUGGAAAAGAAACUAAGACACUAAAAGCCUGUUUAAUUUCAUUUGACAGCAAAUUAAAGCUUCCCAUAAAACAGAUUUCAAAUCCUCAUUCAAGAGUAACUCACCUUUUCCCUUCAAUCUGUUGUCGUGUUCAUUUACAACACAGUGACCUCUGCUGGUCACUUUAGAUUACACCGCUUGGAUAAGCCCUCUGAUAUGUAAUUAUGCUGUAAUUGUAAAUGGACAGAGUUUAUAUGACACAUUUGUGCUCUAAACAACAACUCAAAGUGCUUUUGACAGAAAGUCACAGAUUCACCCAUUCAGACAAACCUUCAUACAGCAUUUCAACACGCUUUUAUAUGACACAUAAUUUACACACUGAUGGUGCAGCCAACAACAAGAUGUGUAUUUAGGUAGCCUAUGUAUGCAUUUAUUUAUUAUUUAUUUUAUUUGUUUUCUGAUGUUACCCUGUUAGAUUCUGUAUUUUUAUAGAUUUAUUUCCACUCUCUUGGGUUUUAUUUUGACUUUUUAUGCUUAAAUCAUACUGCCCACUGCCUCACUACCUGUCCCAAAUGAAAAAUAAAAAAUAAGAGUCAGGCAGAACUCAAACUUGGCUACUUGUUUUUAUCAUGUUAUGGAGGGGAGGGGGGAACAUGUGAUUUGGUAUGGGUUUUAAAACCAAAGACUUUUUAACUCUUUAUAUGUGUUUGAUAUUGAAUUUGAAUCUGCUUAACGACCUUUGUCUUAUCCUUCCUUACCAGACAUCUAAGACAUUACAUUUUUCUCACUUAAUUGUUACCAGAUACUGUAUUUAUAAAUUUUAUGUCAUUGUUAUAGUUGUUGGGAUGGAGCUUGUGGAAUGGAGAUGUGACACAAUAAUUCUGUACUGUGAGGAAUAUGAAUGCAUCAUUUGCUAAGCGUAUUGCUAAUUGUGUUUGUAAAAUCCAAUUUUGCAUUUA